GCCCUCAUUUGAGGAGGUAUAAAAGCUUCCCCACUACCCACUCAGUUCUACUUCUGCCACCAUGAAUCCAUGCCUGAUCCUCGCUUUCGUGGGAGCUGCUGUUGCUUUCCCCACUGACGACGAUGACAAGAUCGUCGGGGGCUACACCUGUGAGGAGAACUCCAUCCCCUACCAGGUGUCCCUGAACUCUGGCUACCACUUCUGCGGCGGCUCCCUCAUCAGUAAUGAGUGGGUGGUGUCCGCAGCUCACUGCUACAAGUCCCGCAUCCAAGUGAGGCUUGGAGAGUUCAACAUCGAAGUCCUGGAGGGAGAUGAGCAGUUCAUCAACUCGGCCAAGGUCAUCCGCCACCCCAAAUAUAAUAGCUGGACCCUGGACUAUGACAUCAUGCUCAUCAAGCUCUCCUCGGCGGCAACCAUCACUGGCCGGGUGUCCACCAUAUCUCUGCCCUCCGCCUGUGCACCUGCUGGCACCCAGUGCCUCAUCUCCGGCUGGGGCAACACCCUGAGCUCUGGCGUCAACUACCCUGAGCUGCUGCAGUGCCUGGAUGCCCCGCUGCUGAGUGAGGCCCAGUGUAAAGCCUCCUACCCCGGGCAGAUCACCGAGAACAUGGUUUGCGCUGGCUUCCUCGAGGGAGGCAAGGACUCCUGCCAGGGUGACUCUGGUGGCCCUGUGGUCUGCAAAGGAGAGCUCCAGGGCAUUGUCUCCUGGGGCUAUGGCUGCGCCCAGAAGAACAAGCCUGGAGUCUACACCAAGGUGUGCAACUUUGUAGACUGGAUUAAGGAGACCAUCGCUGCCAACAGCUAAAGUCCCAGGGUCACUGGCGUCCCCAUACUAAUAAAGUGAGCCUCUCACAAC